GGAGAAUUGUCAACUGCCGAACUAUAUCCGGUCCGCGGCUACUAGUUCGAAGUGCAUAAAACCAAGUACAUGUACCUUCCCUGAAUGAUUGUCCGUAACCUUUCCCUUCUUAACCAUCUCACUCUAGAGAUUAAUCAUGGGUGGUGUUGCUGCUGUCAGCGGUCGAGAUGCCUCAUUUGCGCAUCUCAUUGACGAGAGAAAGAAGUGGUACAACAACAGGCGACUCAUCGCUCUCAACGCCUGGAUUAUGCUCCUUCUCAUCACGUCCUCGACGAAUGGGUACGACGGCAGUAUGAUGAAUGGACUACAGUCUCUUUCUCAGUGGGAGGUCGCCUUUGACUAUCCAUCUGGCGGUAAACUGGGUCUUUUGAACGCCAUUCAGAAUAUCGGUUCCCUAGCUGGCUAUCCAUUUGCCCCUUACAUGUCAGACGGCAUAGGACGCCGUAAGACAGUGUUCUUUGGUGCAGCAAUUAUGUGCGUCGCUACUGCCAUACAGACUGCCUCUCAGUCCGUGGGCAUGUUCAUUGGUGCUCGAUUCCUAAUCGGUUUUGGCCUCACUUUUGCCGCUAAUUCCGCACCAAUGUUGGUCACCGAGAUUUCAUAUCCCACGUACCGCGCUCCCCUGACAUCGCUCUACAACUCCCUUUGGUACUCUGGUUCUAUCAUCGCUGCCUGGACAACUUAUGGCACUUUCAAGAUCAACAGCACGUGGGCAUGGCGUCUGCCUUCUCUCCUUCAGGCUCUCCCAUCCAUCCUGCAGUUCGCUCUUAUCCUGUUUGGACCUGAGUCACCCCGUUGGUUGAUCAAAAAUGGUCGUGAGGCCGAGGCUCUUAAGACCCUCGCCUAUUACCAUGCCGAUAGUAAUGAGCAAGAUCCUUUGGUUUUGUACGAGUUCGAGGAGAUCAAGGCCGCCAUUGAGUAUGACCGUACUGUUGCCUCCAAUGUCGGCUGGAAGUCACUUGUUACCACUCCUGGCAACAGGAAGCGUAUGCGCAUUAUCGUCGCUCUUGCCUUCUUCUCCCAGUGGUCUGGGAACGGUCUUGUUUCAUACUACCUCUCAAAGGUCUUCGACCAGAUCGGUAUCACCGGCUCAGGCACUCAGUUGCUUAUCAACGGUAUUUUGCAAAUAUGGAACUUAGGAUGGGCCGUCUUCGCUUCUUUCAUGGUCAAUAGACUCGGUCGUCGGUUCUUGUUCUUGCUCUCAGCAGCCCUGAUGACACUCUUCUACAUGGCACAAGCUAUCUGCUUUGCCGAGUACUCUGAGCAUGGUCACCCCGCCGCCGGACACGCUGUCAUCGCCUUCAUUUUCCUCUUCUACGCAGCAUACGACAUAGCGUUCACACCUCUCAUUGUCUCCUACACCGUGGAAAUUCUACCUUACAACAUUCGUGCAAAGGGUUUCAACGUUUUCAACUUCGUCAUCUCUGUCACACUCAUUUUCAACCAAUAUGUUAACCCAAUCGCACUGGACGCCUUGUCGUGGAAGUACUAUCUCGUAUACGUCUGCUGGCUCGCUGUCGAAUUUGUCUUCCUGUGGUUCUUCCUCGUUGAGACUAAGAACAGGACUCUUGAAGAAACUGCAGCCCUCUUUGAUGGUGAUGACGUACUGGAACAGAUUGCUAACAGUGCAGAGGUCGCACACGACGUGUACUGAAGACGGUUCAUUGGAGAAAAAAUCUAUCGGCGCGGACAACGAGGUGUCUAGAGCUUAAUUUCUCUGAGCAUCCCACUGCGUAUUUCGGAUGAUGCUGUCCUAAUGUUCAGUUUUUUUCCAGUAUUUAAUUCAUUAUGUAUGACCAUAGGCAGAACACGACACCGCGCUGCCUUCUACGUAUGUACGAUAAAUAUAACGAAGGGCAUUUUUGACU